UAAGAUGGAGGUGGAAAGCGAAGCCAGCGGCGCCCAGAGCAGCGCGUCAGGCGGGUCCAGAGAGUACAAGGUGGUCAUGCUGGGCGCAGGGGGAGUUGGCAAGAGCGCAAUGACGAUGCAAUUUAUCAGCCAUCAAUUCCCUGAUUACCAUGAUCCAACAAUUGAAGAUGCUUAUAAGACUCAAGUUAGAAUUGAUAAUGAGCCAGCCUACUUGGACAUCCUGGACACUGCUGGACAGGCAGAAUUCACAGCCAUGAGGGAGCAGUACAUGCGAGGCGGGGAAGGAUUCAUCAUCUGCUACUCUGUCACCGACCGCCAAUCAUUCCAGGAGGCUGCCAAGUUUAAAGAACUCAUUUUUCAGGUCCGCCACACCUAUGAAAUUCCCCUGGUGCUUGUGGGUAACAAAAUUGACCUAGAAGAAUAUCGUCAGGUUUCUACAGAAGAAGGCUUGAGUCUGGCCCGAGAAUAUAACUGUGCUUUUUAUGAGACCUCUGCAGCCCUUCGCUUCUGCAUCGAUGAUGCUUUUCAUGGGUUAGUGAGGGAAAUCCGCAAAAAGGAGUCCUUGCUAUCGUCAGUGGAAAAGAAAUUGAAGAGAAAAGAUAGUCUUUGGAAGAAGUUAAAAGGUUCAUUGAAGAAGAAGAGAGAAAGCAUGAUCUGAUUUGCUUGUUUCUAACUCCUUUACUCUCUCUAUCUGAAUUUUCUUAGUUGGACAAUCCAGAUGUCACAUUCUGUUUCACUCUCUAUAAAUAUUUGCCUAUAGGUGAUAGUGUGUGGAUAGCUGUACUUCUUGAAAUGGCUUUGUUUUGCCCUUAACAGUUGGAUGGAUUUUGUCAAUCAGCCGGAUAUGCUGUUUAGUUUUUACAAUAUAUUACUAAAUAAAAUUGACAUUCCAAUUGCCUCA